AUGUCCGAGGACAAGGCCUAUGACAAUGUUGAUCUAAAUAAAUUAUAUGAAGCAGUAUUGAAGAUAUCAAUACUAGAAUAUUGCAAUGAAGCGAGGUUCAGGACUCCGAUAAUAGAAGAGCCUCAACCUAAUCCUUCCAACGGAUCGUUCAAUUCUUCGUCUACAGGUUCUAAGCUCCUGAAAAGUUCCAAAUCUUCCGAAACAAACGACCCUAAACUUCCGGCAUAUUUGCUAGCAAGCUUAGAGACAAGGUUAAAUUUGAUCGCUAUGAAAAAGUCGGGAACAAAUCUUGACGAUAUGACGAGAAGAUCAUUAUUGAGGCUUUAUAGCGAAUUACUUGACCCUAAAUUCAAAGCAGAUGUAGCAAGUGUGAAUAAGCCAGAGUAUUUGGUAAUGAAAUUCGUAUCAUGUGCUAAUAAGGAACUAGUUAAAAUUGGUACUAUACCUAGUAGUGACAUGAGUUCAGUCAUAUUUAAACAAGCUGGGAGCUUUGUGCAAAUUUUGAUAAGUUUGAUUCAAAAAGAUAAGAAUAGUGAUUCUAUUAUUGCAAAAUUACAAGAACAUAAGGAAUCUCUUAAACCGAGCAACAAAUCAAAACCAACACCAUCAGGCACAUCUUCUUCUCCUUCUAUUACGGUAGGUUCGACAGUGAGAUACCCGCAACCAUCCUUCAGAAUAACUGAUAUGGACAAAGGUCAUAUUAAUUUGAUCACAGAAUUGUUCUCAAUCGAUCAGAUCAAAUUACAACAAGAUAUCUUUAAAUAUAAAGAUCUAUCUCAACCUAAAGCAUUGCAUAAAGAUAUAAAUCAGAUUUUAUUUUACUUGGACAAGGACCUAGGCCAAUUCACUUCGAAAAGCUUCUCGAGCGAAAGAGCAUACACCGAAUGGAAACAAAGAGAGAGACAUGGUUGUGAACAAUUAAUGUCAAAAUAUCAGAUACCUUCAAGCAUGAAGCUUUUACCUGUCCCACCUUUACCUUCAGGUGAAGACUUCUAUAUCUUUCCAACAUCUUCAUCGACAAAAUCGUUCUUUGUAAUAUUGGCUAAAUUAUGUCUCGAAUAUGAAAAUAGAACGAAUUCCGCAGAGUUAACAUCAUCUGAAAAGCCCUUUUUCUUAAAGCAAGUCCUGAAUCUUGUAGGCAUAUGUGCAAGAUUCUGGAGAAUUGAUUUUCCCACAAGAGCCGUUUCAUUGUAUACGGCUGCUCAUUUGUCAGGUAUACUUAAAGACCCGCUAUUCGAACAGACUAAUACUAAAGAACUUGGACCAAUAGAUAUUGAAAUGACUACGAAAAUGUUUUUUGCCUGCAAAAGAGUAAUUGAAGAACAAGGAAAGCUAGACUGGGAUGAAAAAGUCGACUGGUCUUCUAAGGACCAAGAUGAGUGGGUUAAGAAUUUAUCAUAUUCAUAUAAUGAAGUUUUAUUUGGAAUCAAAGAAUCAUUAGUCCAAAUUUUCAAUAAGACAGCUAAACCAAAAUUUGGCCCUUACUUGGCAUUUUUGGGCGAUUUCCUAGAAUCUGAUGCUUUAUUUUCAUCAGUAGAACAGAUGGGAUUACCUAGAAAGUGGGAAAAAAAGUUAUCAAAAACUUUGCUUAGAACUUCAGAGAUCAGGUAUGCUGAGUUACUAAGCAACUUACCUAGAGACAACACUCUUGAUAUUGUUCAUAUUUUGGAUAUUUCUGAUAGCAUCGUAAAUGAUAUUAGAAUGUUACAAAAGAGAUAUAAAAAUCCUUUGUUAGGCUUUCUAAAUGUUUCUCGUACUGUGGCAGCCGUUAUAACAGGUAUGUUUGCUGCUGAUGCAAAAAAUAUUUUGAAACACAUCGAUGCUUACGCUAAAACUAAAGGUCAAGUAUUGCCCUAUGGUGAUGUAUUGGAAGCAUAUAAAUCAUUAUAUGAAAUACGCAACAUACAUAAUCAAGUUUCGUCCGCUGGGUCAACAUUUAAAUUUAAUUUGGAAGGAUUCUUUUAUCCAUUUUUGGAAGAAUGGAUCACAGAAAGCGGUGAAAAAAUAUCUAGCAUUAUCCACCAAGCUAUAACUAAUGAUAAAUUUCAACCUAUAGAUUUGAAUAAGGAUGAUAAGAAGUUUAGUUCUUCAGUAUUGGACAUUUUCACAUUAAUCAAAGAGUUUUUGAAGAUCUUAAACGGCUUGAACUGGUCAAACGAAUUUCAAUUAGCAAAAAUGUAUACCACUUUGUUGAAAAGUAUAUCGGAUGGGGUAUUGUAUUACGCUAACACGAUGUCAGACAAGAUUAUUAAGGACUUGGAUGAAGAAGAACAAGCCAAGCUCGCAUCUGAGGCUAAUGCUGACACAAUAGAAAAGAGAAAAAGUGGUAAUUGGUUUGAUGAAGUUAAGAAUGUUGUUUCAAAUAUACAGAAUAAUACCAAUAAACUUGAGAUAAUGGAACCUUAUAACUUCAAACCAGAAUUAUGCAUUGCUUUAAAUAACUUAGAUGCAAUGAUGCAACAGUUGACGAAGUUGGAGGAUAUGCUAGACCCUGAGAUGAUUUCUAAUACAGUUGCGGCGUUUGAUCCUAGCUUGCAGAAAAAUUACACUAGUCAUAUUUUUUCAUUACGAAUAAUCAAGGCUGAAAAUUUAAAAUCUGCCACUUCAUCAUCAUCUGUACACCCAUACAUUACUAUGAUUGACACAAAGGUUCGAAAAACAAUUGGUAAAACUAGAACCAUCAAUAAUAACUGCAAUCCUGAAUGGGAUGAAGAAUUUGAAUUAACGAUUCCUGCUAAUUCAUCUCUUACUAUAUCUACAACUGUUUGGGAUGAGAAGUUCGGGACACAUUCUAUAUGUGGUAGAGCUUUAUUGCAACUAGAUCCGAGAAGAUUCAAGCAUGAUGGUAUUCCACAAGAAAUAUAUCUUGACUUAGAUUCACAAGGUAGAGUCUUGGUUGAAAUAGCCGUUGAAAGCGAAAGAGUGGAUGCAAUUUUUGUUAUGGGAAGAGCUCACAGGUGUUUGAAAAGAUGUCAAGAAAGAUGCAUUAAAUUAAUUGUUGAAAAGUUUUCCAGAUUUAUUCAUUACUGCUUCUCAAGAGCAAACUUGAAAUCUAUAUGUGGAAGCAAUGGAAAUAUAAAGCCUACGCAAGAGCAGAUGGAUAAUGCAAUGAUGCCUUUAUAUACUUACUUGAAUCUGAAUUUGCAAGUUCUAGCCGAAUAUUUAAGUAAACAUUUGUUAAUGAAAGUUAUGUUGGCUACCUGGGCUGUGGUUGUUUCUAGUGCCGAUGAACUUUUGUUACCUAAACUCGCAAGCGCUACUACCUUUCAUCUUUCAAAUAUUGGCUCUAAACUCAAGCCUAACAAUACAAGCAACUCCAGUAGUGGUUGGCAAUCUGCUGUUAGUUCAGCAAUGGCUAAUGUGACAAACUCUAUAGGCAUCAGUGGCUUUGGAAAGCUGUUAACUAAUACAGAACUUGAGACGGUUUUUGCCUGGCUCCAUUUCCUAUGUUUUGAUUUCUUUCACAACGAUGGUAAUGGUCCACCAGUUAAAGACUUGAAGAACGAGCAAUAUCAAGCAUUAUUACUUGUGCCAGUUUAUUAUGAUGGUGAUGUCAAUUACCUAACUCUGGAAGUUGAUCGAUUAUCUCCUGCGUUCGUUAUGAUGUUACGUGGUAGAAAUAAUUUCGAUGACACGUCGUCAGAUAGUAAAAAGUCUAAAAACGGACAACGAAGUAUGAGUAGAGCUGGUACGAUAGUGAGAAAUAAAACAAUUAUUGCCAACGCAACUGCGAAAGCAAGAGCACAGGCUGAUAAAGAAGCCCAAGAAGCAAAGUCUGAUCCUAUUGCUGCUCAGACAUUAACUGAAGACAUAAUACUUAGGCUUUUGUUGAUUAAAGAUGAAAAGGCCUUUGUUGCUCGAAGAUUGGAACAAAGGGAAAAAAUGGCUCACAGUAUUGCAACGGAGAGGUUGGCAAAAGCAGCGGCAGAAGGUAGAUUUGCUAGGCCUUGA